AUGGCUAUAAAAAUCAACCCGUCGGACUGGUCAGUGUACAAGACCAAAGACAAUGUACAGAAGGUGCAAUAUUAUAAUGACAUCGCAACAAUGUACGACAAGGAUUAUGGGACCGAUCGACGAACUGGCCCUUUCUUCGCAGCAGCCGGUCUUGGAGCAUGCGUGGUUGAUGAAGAACGCCGGAAGUCUGUGCGUAUACUUGAUGUUGCAGCAGGAACAGGCACUGUUGCGUUAGAGUUACAGAAGUUGGGUUUCGCCGAGAUUGACGCUCUGGACCCUUCCCCCGGAAUGCUCGACCAAGCUCGAACAAAAGGUGUCUACAAGAACAUGAUUUGUCAGUUUCUAACUGAACAACCCUGCGACAUACCGACUGGAAGUUAUGAUUGCGUUGUCAUGUGCAGCGCCAUAGGAUGCGGUCACGUGCCUGCAGGUGCCUUCGCCGAAAUCCACCGGAUCACGCGCCCAGGGGGAUUCAUCGUCCUCGCUGCCAACAGUAAGAUGUUAAACAAGGAAACUGGAGAGUGUCGGCAGGAAUUCUGUCAGGUGUUCGAUUCACUGGAGGCUCAGGGCAAAUGGAUCAAAGUCACAGAGAAGACAUUUCCUAAUUAUAGCGGGGAUUUCGACGGGGUUCUUAUGACAUUCAGAGCGUCUUAG